AUGAGCGAUAGAGCACAGCGGACGAGAUCUCUUGAUUUAACUUCCGAAACACGAGUCAUCUAUCAAGGGUUCACAGGAAAGCAAGGUACCGUCAAUGCAAUGCAGACCAUUGCAUAUGGCACAAAUGUCGUGGGUGGCGUAUCCCCUGGAAAAGGCGGGUCUACUCAUUUGGAUCUACCUGUAUUCGGCACAGUGAAAGAAGCUGUUCAAAACGUACAGCCUGAUGCUACGGCCAUCUUUGUUCCAGCAUUUCUCGCUGCAGGCGCAAUCAUGGAGGCAAUCGAGAAUGAAAUCCCUCUGAUUGUGUCUGUUGCAGAAGGCAUACCGGUCCAUGACAUGCUUCGCGUCCACGAGAUGCUCAAAACAACGACAAGGUCGCGCUUGGUGGGACCUAAUUGCCCCGGUGUCAUUGUUCCCUCUGCCAGGUGCAGGAUUGGCAUUAUGCCCUACCAGCAAUUCAAGGCAGGACGUAUCGGCAUUGUUUCAAAGAGUGGGACGCUUUCCUAUGAAGCUGUUGGUGAGACGACGAGAUUAGGCUUAGGGCAAAGUCUUGUGGUUGGCAUGGGUGGCGAUAUGCUGCCAGGUACAUCUCUCGUCGAGGGCUUGCGGUUGUUUGCCGACAGAGCUGAUACGGAAGCAAUGGUGUGUCUCGGUGAGAUUGGUGGCGCGGCGGAACUCGACGCAGCAGAGUUUGUGCGUGAGUACAAUGCUCGGCUAGGCAAGGAUGCGAAACCCGUCGUUGCGAUGGUGGCAGGUUGGACGGCACCUGAGGGACGCGUCAUGGGGCAUGCAGGUGCUUUGCGUAUGGCAGGUGAGCUGACGGCUGAAGAGAAGACCAAAGCAUUGAGAGAUGCUGGCUGCCAUAUUGCAUCGCAUACAGGGCAGAUUGGUGAAAUGCUGCAAGCUCUGUUGAAUAGAAGAGGGGCAUAA